AUGGAAAAGAGCUAUGAAAACUCUGCAAACUCUGAUACUCCCACAAGGGGAUCAAAAGUUAAUUUAGUUGAGCAAGGGGUGGUCGGUGAUAAAACCGCGAAAAAAGGUUUUUGGGGUCGUCAUUGGUGGAAAUUCCUUUUUACACUCGUAUUAGCGUUGGCUGGUGGUGCGGUGGCCGCCUACUUCCUGUGGUAUAAACCAGCCCACGAUAAUUCCAACGCGAAAUCAGACCAUUCAUUAACCGGUGGUAGUAAAAAUAAUGAUAAUAAUGCACCUACACCCCUACCCGACCCGAAUAACUCAACUAACACUAACGGCAAUGAUGAUUAUGAUGAUUCGAACGCGCCAAAUAGUUACACGCCACCGUUAAACCAGCCUUUUGCUUACGGCAAACAACCAAUCAGAGGGGUAAAUAUUGGUGGUUGGCUUGUUUUGGAACCUUUCAUUACACCAUCUUAUUUCAAUUCGGGUAUCGUAGACGAGUGGACUUUAUGUACUAAUUUGGGGCCAGAACAAGCCAAUAUCACAUUAAACAAUCAUUAUGCCACUUUUGUUACUGAGGAUGAUUUUGCUCAAAUGGCUAAAGUUGGAUUGAAUCAUGUUCGGAUUCCAUUAGGAUUUUGGGCGAUUGAAGUCGUCUCUGGUGAACCAUAUGUACCGAAACUUAGUUGGGAUUACUUGUUAAAAGGUAUUGGUUGGGCAAGAAAAUAUGGAUUAAGAGUAUUGGUGGAACUUCAUGCUGCACCAGGAAGUCAGAAUGGCUGGAAUCAUAGUGGCAAGCAAGGAAAUAUUGAUUGGAUCGUCGGACCUAAUGGGACAGCGAAUGCUGAGCGUACUCUACGUAUCAUUCAAACUAUGGCAACAUUCUUCAAUCAGCCUCAAUAUCAACAUGUCACACCAAUGUUUGGCGUGUUAAAUGAACCUCGUAUUAAUUAUGAUAGUUUAACGUUCAGUGGAGUAAAGCAAUUUUAUCUAGAUGCCUAUAACAUUAUCCGCAAUAUUACCGGUACCGGCCAGGAUUUCACUCCUUGGCUCGUUUAUCAUGAUGGUUUCGUGGGACUAAAUGCUUGGAAAGGUGUCAUGCAAGGCUAUGAGAGGGUUGCAUUGGAUACACAUAGUUAUCUUGUAUUUGAUAAAAGUGGUAUGUUAAUGCCACAACCCAGUCUGCUCGCUUUCCCAUGUGCUAUAUGGGGAAAUGCACUUGCACAAAGUACCGUUGACUUUGGUUUAACCAUCACUGGUGAAUGGACCGUCUCAAUCGAUGACUGUGCCACCUACCUGAACGGAGUUGGUAAUAGUGCUAAAUAUGAAGGCGCAUGUUCCAAUUGUACCUGUGUUGGCGCAAGCGAUUACAAGAACUGGAGCGCGGACAAGAAAGCCUUCUACUUACAAUUUGCAUCUGCCCAGAUUGACGCGUUCGAGUCAAAUGGUGGAGGGUGGUUUUAUUGGACUUGGAAGACGGAGAAUCAUGUUAAUCCUACUUGGGAUUACCAGAUUGGUGUUCAAGAGGGAUGGAUUCCAAAUGAUCUUCAAAAUCGAGCACAGACAUGUAAACAACUACAGCAGCAAUAUCCCGGCACGUUUGCUCAGUUAAAAAAUUAA